AUUAAAAUGACAUCUAAAAUUAGAUGUAAAUAAAAUGAAUAUAAAAUAAUGGUUUUUCAAUGUUCACUAGUUUGUAAUAUGUUUUCACUUUAAGUAUACUGUUAAAAAACGAUGUAUAAUUGAUCUUAUAACAAUAUUAUUGUGUUUAGAUGAUUAAGCUAUAAGUAUUUUUAUUGGUGGUGACCACAUUUUUAUGUUGAUGACUUAAAUUGUGAUGUACUCUUCCAGUCCAUUAUAAUAAAAUACAAUACCUAGUACAAGUUUAACUUAAUAAUAAAAAUAUCUUAGAAUGUUAACACCGGGUGUUAGAAUUGUCCGAGGACCCGAUUGGAGCUGGAACGAUCAAGAUGGUGGUGAAGGCUACAUUGGUACAGUGUGUGAAAUAGGGAAAUGUGGUAUGGGAGGUUCUGCAGGAUCACCAGACAAAACUGUAGUGGUCCAAUGGGAUAAUGGUACGAGAACAAAUUACCGUGUAGGGUAUACAGGAAAAUACGAUUUGAGUGUGAUUGAUAAUGCCCAAAUUGGUGUUAAACAUCCUAAUAUUGUUUGUGAUGGUUGUGACAGCCAAGGAAUCAGUGGGAUGCGCUAUAAAUGCACAAUAUGUUAUGAUUAUGACCUCUGUUAUUUAUGUUACCAUAGUGAUAAGCACGAUCUUUCUCAUCCUUUUAAAAGAUUUGACUCAGCAGCUUCUUUAGGCUAUGAUUUGCCACCAAGAUUAAAAGCGAGAAAAUGUGAAUUGAGGGGUAUUUUUGUUGGUGCUAUUGUUGUGAGGGGGUACAACUGGGAGUGGGGAAACCAAGAUGGAGGCGAUGGAAAAAUGGGUAAGGUUCAGGAUAUACGCGGCUGGGAUAAUGAAACAAAUAGGUCUGUGGCUAAUGUUCGCUGGUUUUCUGGAUCGACGAACGUUUACAGAUUGGGCCAUAAAGGAAUAUGUGAUAUAAAAUUUGUGGAACCGUCCUCGGGAGGCAGAUAUUAUCCAGACCAUCUUCCUGUAUUAGGUCAACAUGUAGAACUGCCUCUGGUUAGACCGGCUAGAUUGGGUCCAUUACCUUUCGGAGUUGGAGACAAAGUACAAGUAUCUGUUUCUGUGGAAGAGCUAAAAUUAAUGCAGCAAGGGCACGGUGGUUGGAAUCCUAGAAUGGCAGAGUACAUUGGAAAAAUUGGUACUGUACAUCGUGUAACAGAUAAGGGCGAUAUAAGGGUUCAAUAUGAAGGUUGCAACAAUCGCUGGACCUUUAAUCCGAUUAGUUUAAGAAAGGUGAACAGCUUCAGCGUUGGGGACGUUGUCACUCUCAUAACAGAUGUUGAGAAGGUCAAAGAGUUGCAGAAAGGUCAUGGAGAAUGGAUAGAAAUAAUGAAAAACUCUUUGGGAAAAUUGGGUAAAGUGCUAAAGGUUUAUUCUGACGGCGACUUGAGGGUCCAGUUGGAUGGUCAUGCCUGGACUUUGAAUCCUCAGUGUGUCAAAACGGUGCCUGGUAGUGCGGCCGAACUUGCCAACACCAUGCACGCUAACCAGAACCAAAGACAAGAACCAACAAUUCAGUGGCAUCCUGCCGUCCACAAUCAGGCCAACGCGGACGCGUCCGCCAAUGCCGGCGCGGACCAGUUCGUACGGGCGGCGGCGCAGGGCAACCUGGAGGCGGUGCAGCGCCUUCUGGAGGAGGCGCCGCGCCAAGCGAACGCGCGGAGCAACGGCAAGACAGCCCUGCAGGUGGCCUCGCACCAGGGACACGCCGCCAUCGUCAAGUUGCUGCUCAGAGCCGGAGCCUGCAUCAACGCCAGUGACACCGACGGAGACACUUGUCUGCAUUACGCCGCUUUCGGCAACCAGCCAGAGAUAAUAGAUUUGUUGAUCAAAUCUGGUGCUGAACUGAACGCUUCCAAUCGCAGCGGUUGUACUGCUCUCCAUGUGGCAGCUCACAAACAGCCGGCGCGCUGUGCGCAACUUCUACUCAGCGCAGGCGCUAAUCCAAAUGUCGUAGACUUUUAUGGCGACACUGCUUUGCAUGAUGCCAUUGGGAAGGAUUGCUAUCAAGUUAUAGACGCCCUAUGCGUAGCUCCAGGGACUGAUUUUACUUUGCGCAACAAAAGGGGCUUUAACGUUUUGCAUCACGCCGCGCUGAAGGGCAAAAACCUAGCUACCCAGAAACUGUUGAGUUUCGCCAGGCAACUGGUGGACGUGAAAAAGGACGACGGGUUUUCGGCCCUUCAUUUGGCCGCCCUCAACGGCCACAUGGAUGUGGUGGAGACUUUGGUAAGAAGGGGUCAGGCUGAGAUCGACUUACGCAAUAACAGGAACCAGACGGCUUUAUUGCUUGCUGUCAGUCAAGGUCAUUGUGGUGUGAUUGAACUGCUGUUAAAACUGAACGCCAACCUGAAUGCCACUGAUGAGGAUGGCGACACUGCCUUGCACAUCAUAAUCAUGAAGAAAAAUCACUUAAAAACAGAAAUUACUGAAACUUCGAGUCCCGCUAUCUACGCUAUAUACCAAAACAUUAGUAAUAUAUCCGACGGAAGAUUAGGAGUAGCUAUUGCCUGCUACUUAAUACAACAAGGCAUCAACAUAGACAUAGGUAACAGCAAAGGCCAAACAGCACUCAGCUUACUACAGGACGCGACUCUGGAAGAGUUGCUCAGAGGCUACGUGCCGAUUAUCGACAAUAAUCCAACAGAACUGAACCCUCAAGAGCUUCCAAACGUGGACAAUCUAUCUCUCAGCGAAGCUAGGGUAGAUAACUACAACCUGACUGAAAACAGCCCUGCCAAACAGUUGUUAGUCGACGAUUUGAAGAGUACGAGAAGGUCAAGGCUACAAAUCGACAAAGUUAUUGACGUAGGUGGCACAUCACAAGACAAUUCCCCCACUCACAAGAACCAUCCUUACCAAAACGAAGUGAUCCUGACAAAUCCGAUCGAGUGCUUGGUGUGUUCGGACAUUUCCGACGAAAACGUCACGUUAGAACCGUGCAAUCACAAGCCGGCCUGUGAAGACUGCUCCGCGCGCAUGAAGAAAUGCUUGAUUUGCGGCGAGUUUGUUCAGAAAAGGGUGACGAAAGAUGGCAGGUCGGUGCCCGCUAAAAGCAGGCAGCCCAGCGCGGAGAGGAUGCGCUACUUGGAGUGUAAAAUAGCGGAAAUUGAGGAGAGCCACGCGUGCAGCAUAUGCAUGGAGAGGAAAAGGAACGUGGUGUUUCUUUGCGGUCACGGUACUUGUCAAAAGUGCGCGGACACGUUGAAGACGUGCCACAUGUGUCGCAAGACGAUCACAAAGAAGAUACCGAUUUAUUGAGUGCCGAUAGGGUAAUACUCGAGGUAGAACGUAGUAAGGAUAUUUAUUAUUAGCUGGCAGUCUCGUAAAUUAACUGUGAUUUACUUAUAGAGUUUUGUAUGUUUUACUAUUCCUAGAAUUUACCAAUUAAUUUUUAAGGAAAUGACCUACAAGCAAAUAUUUAUUUACAUAAUUUGGAAAAUAUUAAGAUACAUGAAAUAAUAAAUAUG